AGCGAGAACACGCUUGAAACUGAAUUAGUGCGAAUUUAUAAACGUAGUAUUGUUGUUAAUUUAUAAUUAGUGCAAUCGUUAUUUAGAGCGCAACAACAAUACGAUAGUCAAUUUCUAGUGUAAUUCAACGCUUUUCACAAAAGUUACCAAAUCAAACAGCAACAGCAUAAGCAUAUUGCAAUAAGUAAAGUGCCGCGAUUGUGUAUGUGUUGUGUGCGUGUGUUUGGAACCGAAAAAAGUCUUAUACAGCAGAAAAGGCGGCAAAAGAAACAACAAAAAUAACACUGCACAUGAUAUGCAAAGCAAGGCGGCAAAAAAAAUUGCAACUACAAACAUAAUUAUUUGUGCAAUGCAUUUAACGUGAACGUCGGCAUCGUCUUGUUGCUCAAAAAAAAUCACUGACAUUACGAAUGAGCACAAAACUUUUUGCAGCAUUUCGUUUUGUGCGUCAAUGCAGACAGGAAUAAAGAAAGAAACGGCGAAAAUAAUCUGCAACGAUCCAACAAAAACAACACAGAAACAGAAACGGCAAAUGAAAUACAGCAUUUUGUGCGCGCAACGCAAUUGAAAUUGGCAGCACCCAAAAAGUAUGAAACAAAAACAACAACAACAUUGAGAGGUAGAACUAAAUGGCAGCACAACAACGGUAAACGGACCACAUUACGCCAAAUUGGCAGCAUUUUUUGACUGCAUUGAAAGCGAAUGCAAAAAAACAACAACAAAAACAAAAACAAACCCCGAAACCAGAAAAUAAAAUAUAAUUUAUAAAAAGCAGACGAAAAAUACAACUAAAGAGGUGUUUGAACGACAGCUAGAGAUCAGGGCAGAGUGCAUAAUUGGAGAAAGAAGAAGAAAAAAUUAAAGACACCCACACAUACACACAGAACGAUGGCGUCUUCGCCGACUCCAUCGCUGGACUCCAUGCGUGGCGCCAACUCGAUUGAAUCUUACGAGCAUGCCGGCUAUCUGUCCGACUCGCCGCUGACGCUGAGCGGCUCCUCGCCACCGGUCAGCGAUUCGGCGAUCUGCAGCGAUGAGUACAUUGCUGGCAGCCAGGUCAGUGUCAAGGUGCGCCAGGAUGUGACUGUCAUCAAUGGGCAUCAUCCGAUUUCGGCCUCGGUGUCGUCCAGCUCGUCGGCCAGCUCAUCUUCCUGCUCCUCCUCGUCAUCGUCGUCCUCGUCAUCGUCCAGCUCAUCGACCAGCGGUCUCAGCGGCUGCGGCAGCACCAGCAGCAGCGUCAUCAGCAGCUCAAAUGUCCCCAGCAAUGGCCCGGGCGUCAUAGGCAGCAAUUUGCCCAGCAACAGCAGCAACAGCAUCAGCAGCCUGGUUGUCGGCGCCGGCAAAGGCAACAGCAACAACAGCAGCAGCAACAGCAACGGCAACAGCAACAACGGCAGCAGCGCCAAUAACAACAGCAACAGCCUCGCAGCCGCACGGUGCACCGCCUGCAAGAGCAAGUGCAGCGACGCGGUGGCCAAAUGCUUCGAUUGCCAGAGCUAUUUGUGCGCCAACUGUGUGACAGCGCACGAGUUUAUGCACUGCUUCAACGGUCACAAUGUCUGCCUGAUCAAGGGCUUCGAGGCGACCAGCAACGGCAGCAGCAGCAGCAGCAACACGCCCAACAGCUGCAACAAUCCGGCCUCCAGCGACUUCAAGUACGCCAGCUCGCUCACAAUGAUGCUCCAGCAACAGCAGCAACAGCAACAACAGCAGCAGCAGCAACAGGCACAAAUGACAGACACACAGCCGCAGCAGCCCAUGUCACAGCUGUCGAAGAUUGUGCUGGCAGCAGCAGCAGCAGCCAACAACUCGCAGGAGCAGCAGCAGCAGCAGCAACACGAGACACUGUACACACCGCACUUGCAACAGCAACAGCAACAACAACAACAGCGACAGCUUUUCUGUGCACGCCACAAGCAUGAGCUGUUGAAGUUUAGCUGCCGCACUUGCUGCACGCUCGUGUGCAAGGAGUGCAUCGUUCUGGAGCACUCGACGGGUCUGCACGAGCUGGAGAGUGUGCAGUCGCCGGCAGCCGUGGCGAACGCCGCCGGCAACAGCCAGAACGAGGCGGCGCUGCAAACGCUGCUCGCAGAUAUGCGCGGCAAGAUUGGGGAGAUUGUGGCGGUUGCCAACAGCGCCGAGCAGAGCGUGACCAAGGUCAAGCUGCAGUACCAGAAGGCGCACAACGAGCUGAACGAGACGCAUCAGUUCUUUAGCUCGAUGCUGGACGAGCGCAAGACGGAGCUGCUCAAGGAGCUCGAGACGGUCUACACGGCCAAGGUCAACAGCAAUGUGAUGUGGCUGCAGCGAUCCAAGGAUAUCACCGACAAGGGCCUGGCGGCCUGUGAUGCCGUCGAGCGCUCGCUAACAACUGGCGUCCAAUCGCCGCUGUUGCCCGAGGCGAUGCUGCUGCGCAAGAGUCUGGAGCAGCAGCUGCAGACGGGCGUCCAGGACAUGCAGAUACCCUUUGAACUCGAGUUCAUGUCCAACUAUCAGUCGAUACAGGCCGGCGUCCGCAACACCUUUGGCUAUAUACGCGCCAGCAACGGUGUCGGCGGCAACAGCUCUGGCAGUGGCACCUGCUCCGAAUCGAGCCUCAGUCUCGCCCACAGUCACAUCAGCCACACGCAGAGCCACGGUCACGGCAAACAGCCGCCCAUUGCGCGGCCCACGCAGAGUGCAAGCAACAGCAGCGCGAGCAGCGCGGGCAGCCAUCACCAUCAUCAGCAGCAGCAGCAGCAGCAACAGCAGCAGCAGCAACAUCUCCAGCUGCAGCAGCAACAGUUGCUGCCGGGCCUCGGUCUGGGCAGUCUGCUGGACAACAGCAGCAAUGGCAGCAACAGCAACGGCAGCGUCUACACAAAUGGCGCCGGCUGCCUCUUGCUGGGCGGACGUGAGCGCACGAACCUGAACGAUCUGCAGCACUUUGGCGAACUGUUGCCAAAGCGUGCCACAAGCAUGUCGCACUACAAUCCCUACGAGAAGUGGAGCAACGGCGGCAGCGACAAUUUGUUUAACACAACGACAGCGGCGGCAACAAUUGGCGGCAACGGCAACAGCAGCUCGGCUGUGGUUGAUGCCUUCGCCAGCCUGUCGUCGGUAAAUCUGAAUGGGAGCAGCAACAAUAGCGCCGUUAGCAACGAAUCUCUGCUCGAUCUGACCAACAAGCUGCUCUCGGCCUCAAUAUAUCCACCCAAGUCGCAAAUCAAGCGCCAAAAGAUGAUUUACCAUUGCAAAUUCGGCGAAUUCGGCGUCAUGGAGGGCCAGUUCACGGAGCCCAGCGGCGUGGCAGUGAAUGCCCAGAAUGACAUCAUUGUCGCCGAUACGAACAAUCAUCGCAUCCAGAUCUUUGACAAGGAGGGACGCUUCAAGUUCCAGUUUGGCGAGUGCGGCAAACGCGACUCCCAGCUGCUCUAUCCGAAUCGUGUCGCCGUCGUUCGCAACUCCGGCGAUAUUAUUGUCACCGAGCGUUCGCCCACACACCAGAUCCAGAUCUACAAUCAAUAUGGUCAGUUUGUGCGAAAGUUCGGUGCGACCAUAUUGCAGCAUCCGCGCGGCGUUACCGUCGACAACAAGGGACGCAUUAUUGUCGUGGAGUGCAAAGUGAUGCGCGUCAUCAUCUUCGAUCAGAAUGGCAAUGUGCUGCACAAGUUCGGCUGCUCGAAGCAUCUGGAGUUUCCCAAUGGCGUUGUGGUCAACGACAAGCAGGAGAUCUUCAUUAGCGACAAUCGGGCGCACUGCGUCAAGGUCUUUAACUAUGAGGGACAAUAUCUGCGCCAAAUUGGCGGCGAGGGCAUCACCAAUUAUCCCAUCGGCGUUGGAAUCAAUUCGAACGGAGAGAUUCUCAUUGCGGACAAUCACAAUAACUUCAAUCUCACCAUUUUCACCCAGGACGGACAGCUGAUCUCGGCGCUGGAGUCCAAAGUGAAGCAUGCCCAGUGCUUCGAUGUGGCGCUCAUGGAUGAUGGCAGCGUGGUGCUCGCCAGCAAGGACUACCGACUAUAUAUCUAUCGCUAUGUGCAACUGGCGCCCGUGGUUUCACGUAAAAUGCACAACAGCUUGGCAGACCGAAUCCAGCCAGAAAACAUGAAUUUCUUUUUGAAUUUACAAGUGAAUUAAGAGAACAUAUUUAUAAAAUAUAUAUAUGCAUAUAUCUAUGGAUAUAUUUAUUAAACAUUUAGGUUAGGUCUGAUGCAGUUAUUAGUACUUUUUUUAUUCAUUCCAUUAUUCAACACUAUUUUUACAUUUGCGUUAAAAUUGUUUUCAUCAUGAUUACCUAAUGCUUAUUGGACGUUUGCAUUUCGCAAUUACAUAAUUACAUACAUACAUAAUUUAAAUCAAUUUCGGGACUCAAAAGAAGAACUAUUGAAUGAAAUAUGAAUGGAAGUAAUAAAAAU